CCAGCCGCAGCGAACAAUCGGCUCUCAGUUAUUUAUUAGAGGCUCGCAGCUCCGCUCCGCUCCUCAGUCCGCAGCAGCAGCCCGGCGGCGCGCACAACACGCUCCCCGCGCGAGAAUACAUGGAGCGCAGGAGCGAGGGAAACCCCUGCUUUUAUUCCUGCUACGGAGGCGCGACGAUAUUCAAUAAACGCUGAAGACCAAGGGUUUUGAUCUGUGAUUCCUCACACACAGCAAGACUUGGGUCAAUUAAAAAACAAAAAACUUAUUUCUCACUGACUGAAAUGAGAACUGCUGAGGACUCAUCUGGAACGGUCCUGCACCGUCUCAUCCAAGAGCAGCUCCGCUACGGAAACCUGGCAGACACCCGCACUCUCCUCGCCAUCCAGCAGCAGGCCCUGCGAGGAGGUGGUGGCGGCAGCAGCAGCAGCGGCGGGGGAGGCACCGGCAGUCCCCGCUCCUCUCUGGAAAGCCUGACUCAGGAGGAGACCCAGUGCGUCCAGAUGUCAGCAAGACAGGAGCCCCAAGGCCAGGAGCACCAGGGGGACUGCCUGCACUCCGAGAGCCCCGUGUGCCACCUGUACCAGCUCCACGGCGAGGAGCUGCCCACCUACGAGGAGGCCAAGGCUCAUUCCCAAUAUCUGAUCUCCCAGAAAGGACGGACGGAGCGGGAGGGCUCCAGCGGGGACGCCAUGGGCAGCGAGGGACAGUGGGACCUGAAGAGAGAGCACGCUCGGUCUCUGAGCGAGAGGCUCAUGCAGCUCUCUCUGGAGCGAAAAGGACUCGGAGACAGUGUGGCGAUGAGCUCCUCUCACAGCUAUCCACAGCUGUAUAACAACGUCACGGCCGCCGUGACACAGGCGCCCGAGAGACAGGGAGCUCAGCUGUGUGCAGACCAGCUCAGGCCACCGCCGGACUAUCCCUACUGUGCCAGAGUCCCUGAAUUCAUGGUCAGCCACUCUCAGGAGCACGGCCAGUACCUCAGAGAGCCUCCUCCUCCCUUCUACUCAGACCACCACAGGUUCGAGUAUGGGUCCGCUCAGCCUCCGGGGGCUCACAACGGCAUCAUCGCUGCCUCGGGAAAUAACUCGGCCUCGAGUGAGUCGUUGAUACGGGAGAACGAGCGUCUCAGGAAGGAGAUGGAGGUGUAUGCAGAAAAAGCUGCCAGACUGCAGAAGCUGGAGUUGGAGAUUCAAAGGAUAUCAGAGGCUUACGAGACCCUGAUGAAAGGCUCAGUCAAGCGGGAAACUCUGGAGAAAACAAUGAGGAACAAACUAGAGGCGGAGAUUAAGAGGCUGCAUGACUUUAACAGAGACCUGAGAGAGCAACUUGACACUGCUACAAAACACAGAGUCGCCAAGGAGGCUGAGUGCACCGAUCAGAAGCAGCACAUCUUUGUGAAGCUUCUGGAGCAAAACGAAGAGCAGCAGCGAGAGCGCGAGCGUCUGGAGAGGCAGAUCCAGCACCUGCGCGUCUCGGCGGAGGAUUCCCAGCGGAGGCGGGAGCUGCUGGAGCAGGCUCUGGCCUCGGCGCAGACCCGUAACCGGCAGCUGGAGGAAGAGCUGCAGAAGAAGAGAGCCUACGUGAAGAAAGUGGAGCGGCUGCAGAGCGCGCUGGCCCAGCUGCAGGCCGCCUGCGAGAAGAGGGAAGCUCUGGAGCUGCGGCUGCGCACCCGGCUGGAGCAGGAGCUGAAAAGCCUCAGGGCUCAACCGUCCGAGAGUCAAACAGUUGACGCCACGUCUUCAGAGCCCAGCUCCAGCACGCUGCAGCAGCAGUUCAGAGAGAAGGAGGAGCGCAUUCUGGCCCUGGAGGCCGACAUCACCAAGUGGGAGCAGAAGUACCUGGAGGAGAGCACCAUGAGGCAGUUUGCCAUGGACGCCGCUGCCACCGCCGCAGCUCAGAGAGACACAACCAUCAUCAACAAUUCACCACGUCAUUCACCAAACAGCAGUUUCAAUCAAGACUUGCCUUUGUCCAGCCAUAGACACCAAGAGAUGGAGAACAGGAUGCGUGUGCUUUAUGCUCAGCUCCUGGAGAAGGAUGCCGUGAUCAAAGUCCUCCAGCAGCGCUCCAAAUGGGAGCAGGGCAAGCUGGAGAAGCAGGGCCUUCGUCCCGCCAGAUCCGUCCCCUCUAUUAACACUGUGACCGGCAGCAAGGAGACUAAAGCGAAGAGCCUCUCGGAUGACCAGACAUGUGUUGUCGCCGCGCCGCAGCCCCAGCCGCCCGCCACCGUCAGGGUCCCCUGCCGAGACUCCAGCACCCAAAGCGACGAGGCCCCUCAGGAGCCCCGCCUCGCCGCGGAGGGGCCCACGCCUCCAGAGAUCUCAGCAGCUACCACCGACACCUCAGAGGAGCAGAAGGCGGCCCAGACGUCAAACAGCGUCAACGGCCCGGACGCCGAGAUGGUGGAGAUCCUCAUUUGAGUGGCCGCUGAGCCUUGUGUGACUGAAUGAUGGCGGAAAGCGUUGACUGAGGUGUGGAAAGCUUUCCUUGAAGUCCGGUGCAGAGCGCGUCCAGCUUUGUGGGGGAGAGCUGAGCUUUUCCUCUGCAGACUGUGGGAGUCCUUUCCGGUACCUGGACGGCAUUCUGCAUGACGAAACCAACUGGGCUUCAAACUCUGCAUAUGUCGUGUGCAUGGGUGUGUGUGUGUGUGCCUGUUUUUUUUUGUGUUAUGCAUUGUAUUUAUAUUUUGUAAAUGCUGCUCAUUUUGUGAUAAGAUUUUUUUAAAUUAUACACAAAAGACAUAUUCUUCUCGAUUAGUUAGAUUUUCUUCUGUUCUGUAUUUGGUGAAUUUCCAGUAGCGUCCCCAUUACCGUGACCUCUAAAAGUAAUACGACUAUUUAUGAAAUCACUCAAAUUAGGCAUCCUUCAUGUCUGGGGAUUAUUCUCCCUAACAACACAGCUCAAGUGUAAAUGAACAGUUGUUCGUCCUUUCAGAGGCGCUGCUCGCGGCUCAGCUGAGGAUUUGAAAACUUCCUCUGAAUGCGGAGCCUGCUCAUUUCUCUCCUAAAAAAGCCUGCGAGGAUUGACAGCGUUUCACUGGGGUCUAAUUUUUCCAGAUCCCGGGUUAAUGUUUGGGGGCCCUCAGAUAGCGACUCGCCCCAGGCGUCUCGCUCCCCUCCGAUGACACACUGGAGCUAAUCUUCUCACAUUCCUUGUUAGGGGAAUGCUCCCGUUAAAGAAAAAGGCUAUCUAAAGUCUGACCCCUAGCCCUUGUUAAAAUGGCAGACAUUCUCCACAUGAUUCCUUUUCUGGGACUGGUUAUUUCUUCCGAGCCGCGGUAACCGGUUCUACCAGAAGGGCGUCGAAAUGGUCAACUAUAAUUGGCCUGCAUUUGCUACUUGUUGUCUCUAUCCUUGUGUUAUAUUCAGCUCCAUCACUCAAGUAUCUCACAUUUCUGUGCAGCCCAAUGUGCUUAACUUGGAAUUUUCUAUUUAUUUCUCCCUACGUGAUGUAGGAUCACUGAACCUUGCUGAAUGUAGACCCCUGUUUUCAAGGAAUGUGCUUUGAAUUUAACUGGAAUGUGCCACAGUUCGGAUUUGUGCUUCUUUAGCGGGGAAAAGGCUGCUAAAAUUCAACGUCAGUGAGCUCCUGAAGGCGCAUCGAUGUUUGUGAUAUUGAGUUUGAUGUGGACAACAUUACCAAGAGGAGUAUUCGACACAAGCAACCUCACGUUUAACUUGUAUUUCCCUUCAAGUUCUAAAGUCGGCCGUAUUUCGCCGCGGUGCACAUGCUGGUCAGUGCACCGCGUUGGCCGGGUUGUUGCCCUUCUCGUCUUCUCUGAAUGUGUUUACAUGAAUGACUAUUUGAAGUGAGAGAGGUUAAUAUAUUUUGUUUGUUUUCCAUUCA